AUGGCAAAGAGAGUGCUUAUCGUGACAAUUUUGAAAUGUGCUUUUAAGGUGCUAGGGUCUAUUUAUGAGCAAAGCUCAUAUACUAGCACAGAAUACACACACAUAAGCCACCAGAAAGAGACUAUUGAGCCCUCCCAGGAAAUAAGCCUAUCUGACUUGCUCUGCAAUGAAACCAUAGAAAGCUCGGAGCAUCUAGAUAACCACAGCAUCAUUAGCAAUUUCUCUGACACGCUGUCGUCUUCUGAGGAGAAAAACAAAACAGCCGAGCCCCAGUCAAAGACAGAAGAAGGCAAUGCACUGACGACUGAGCCCCUUAAAAGAAAAAGACCCACGGAGGAGACCACGCAGGAAGACCUGCUCCCCAAGAAAAAAUGUUUGUGCAAAGACAGCAUGCUUAAAGAGGCAUCUGAAAACGAGCGCACAGAAAGUUGCUCCUCAACGAACACACCAGCCUGCACAAGCAACAAAAUGCUGUCAGAAACAGAAGAUGCUCCAUUGCAAAAAUCUGCAUUGCUUGUGAAUGCUUCCACCAAUGGAGUGUCUGGGCUGUAUGAAAUAUCCGGAAUUAAAAUCGACAAACUGCUUUUUCAGAUUUCCGGAUCGGAAGAGGAAAUGCAGCAAAUGUCCAGCGGCAAAUCAGGCAGCACACUCUCCCAGGAGGAUACAAACAACUUGCUGAAUUCCACACACAAAAAGAUGCAGAAAAUGUGCCAUGACAGUAGGAAGAAAUACAACUGCACUUUUGGGCUUUCGCCAAGCAGCCAUUUUAUGUUUAACAUUGUUCUAAGCAAGCUUAGUAUGGUGCCCCAAGAAGAGGAGGCUGUGGGGCUUAAGUCUCCAGAAAAGCAGCCCCUAGAGGAAGAUCAUGAGAAGGCUCCAACCCGAAUGGCCCAAAGUGCAUACAUAAAGGAAUUGCCUAGUGACUUCCUAAAUGCGUAUAACAAGCAGGCGCUGAACAGUGCGCGCGUCAACCAUAUGGGAUAUCCUGUAAGCGUACACUUGGGCCAACCUCUUGCGGAGGUCUUUAAAAAAGAAAAGAGACACCAUAUGAUGUUUAAUUCAGUUGCAAGGCCUACCAGUCUGUGGGAAGCCCUUAUUCGGCUUUUUGUUCGCAAGACAAAGGGCAAGAAAAAAAAGUACAUGUAUGGCUUUGUGCUCAAGAUUGCAGAGGCGCCGCAUUUACUGGAAAAGGAGGUAGGAGCGCGUGUAUGCAGCCUGCUGCCAGCGCUUAUAGAGUAUACGCAGAGAAGCAUUUCAAGCAUCUACCCAAGCGCGCAAACAAAUGGCCAAGGCCAGCCACAUGAAUUGGAUGCGCGCCCGGGCGCCAAGCCUGCGAUUUGGGCGCGGCUUUCGUGGCUAAACGAGUGCAGAAAGCCCAUUUGCAAGAAAUAUAUUAAGAAGAAAGGCAUUUUUCCGAUUCUGGGGCUGCCAGAGGUGCUGCACGAUUUUAUAAAUAUCGACCCACGUACGCUUUCAGAGACACUGGCGAAAAUGGAGGCUUCGGCUGAUGCAAAAAGAAGCCAAAAAACACAGAUUAUAGAGUGCCUCUACGCAAAAGUGAAUGAAAACAUUCCGCUGAGGUUUAAAGCUAGAUCUUCGGCUAAGAGGUGGCACAGGGACUUCAUAAAAAGCGAACAGAAGGAAAGCAAGCGCUUUGCACAGAGCAUGUACAAAAAGGCUUAUGCUGCCUUGGCAGACUUCUACACGCACAGCCCAUCCCACUACAUGGAGCUUGGCACAAAAGAGCCCAAGAAGGCCAAAUUCCUAGGGAAGAACAUAAUCACAAACCAGCCGUAUGUGAAGCACCAUAUAACUGCUAAGUAUAUGGCAGGCGGCCUAACGUCUAUGGUGAUGCAUGCAAACGAAAAGCUGUACAACCAGUGGGAGGUAACUCCGUCAGAAAAGCACUACCACGUGCACUUUGUGGACAACGAAAGACAGAUAUAUAGGAAGAUAUGCAUGCCUUUAGUAAAAGUAAACAAUAGGAAAGUAUAUCUCCACACCAUAGAAGAGGUUAUUCAGCACAUCUCCUCAACAUACGAGCUGGCCGCAGAGAAUAUAUUUCCACUUAUUCACACCGCAAAGAAAAAAGGAUGGAGGCUAUUGCGCAGAAGUGCAUUCAAAGCCAGCAUGGAAAUAAUACAGAAAAACAAAGAUGUUUUGGUUUUCUACUACAUACCGGAAGGGGCUAAGUGCGAAUACUUUUCGCUCUGCACCUUCCAAUCAGAAAGAGACUCUCAAACCCCCCAUGAAGUGGCAAUUCCGCUGUUUUUCUCGCCCUUAAUGGAAAGCGCGCUGAACCUGUCUCUGUACACCAAGAAGAACCGGAGAUGCUUUAAGAAGGUCAACUUCAACAAUAUGAUGAGAUUCUAUACAUUGCCAAUUGAGUAUAGGCGCCGCGAAGAUAUCACUUUGGGCAUUGCAGACAUGCAAUCGCAAGAAAUCUACAGCUGCUUCCACACUAAAAGUUCGAAAAUAGCGACCAACUGCCUAGAAAUGAACAUGAAGGUCUGUUUAGGCGAGAAAAGAAAAAAUGUCCCGCAGGAGAUCAGUGUAACAUGGAGCACCAAAGUGAGCAGUAGUGAGAGAUAUUCGCACUACUUCUUUGGAGAAGAAGACAUGCGCAAGAACGAUGGGGAGGAGCUCCAAGUCAGAGAAAUAAUAGCCCAAAUAAGCGCGCGCCACGGCAAAAAAGACAGUAUUGCUGGCGGGUUUGUGCACAUAUCGAGCCAAAAGCCGAUUCAGACAAUAAUAAUCAACAGCAAAGAAUGCAUGCAUAAAAUGCUGCUUUUCCAAAAAGACCGCCUUUCGCCUUCGUCCUUUGUCGUGGUUAGAAACGUAGGAUGCGAAAGGUCCGAUUUGAAGAUGCACAGCCAUAUUCUGCAGUUUUUGUUUUGCCGGCGCUAG